AUGUCGACACAUUACAUGAGAAAAGCCCUCCGUCCCGCCCACGGAGAUACCGGAGAAGACGAUGUGCCUGAGCCCCAGCCCCAGCAGAGCGGGGAUGGUCUUGUGGGCAACGGUCACUACAUCGUCGAAUUUGAUGCUAAAACCGACGUUUCGGCCGCGGUCGAUGCCCUUGGCAAGGAAGACGGCAUCGAUGUCGUCAAGGUGUUUGAUAAUGGCCUUUUCCGAGGCUGUACCAUCAAGGCACCAAAAAGCACGGUCGACUCGAUCCAAGACAAGGCUGUUGUUGCCAAAGCCUGGCAGUCCCGCCGGAUGACGUUUGGCGAGCCCCAGGUUCAGCGCCUGGGCGACGAGCCGCAGCUUAGCAACUACUCCAUCCACGACAUGACAGGCGUCGAUAAGCUCCACAAAGCCAACAUCAAGGGCAAGGGCGCCAUAGUCGGCGUCAUUGAUACCGGGAUCAACUAUCGGCACAAGGCGGUGAGUGACACGACGGAGAGAAGCGCACCAGUCAAGCGCACCAGUCGAACACUUGCUAAUAGGGCGGCUCAGCUCGGCGGAGGCUUCGGCAAAGGCUUCAAAGUCGUCGGUGGUCAUGAUUUCGUAGGCCAGACCGGCUGGCCGAAGCCAGGCGAGGUCAAGAUGCCAGACGAGGACCCCGACGACUUGGACGGCCACGGCACUCAUGUUGCGGGUAUCAUCGCAGGACAGAGCGAAUUCUUCACGGGCGUAGCGCCUGAAGCCUCUCUCUACGCGUACAAAGUCUUCACACCCGGCGAGAGCACCGACGACGAAACUCUGAUCGAGUCUAUGCUUAGAGCAUACGACGACGGUGUAGACAUCAUCAGCAUGUCGAUUGGUGGCAUGAACGGCUGGGCUGACAACCCCUGGGCUCUCGUAGCCAGCAGAAUUGUUGAACAAGGCGUCCUGGUCGUUAUUGCAGCGGGAAACAAUGGCGGGCCGGGAGCUUUCGCCGCCGACAGUGGCAGCGCAGGCGUCAAUGUGGUAUCGGUCGCCUCCAUUGAGCCAGAUGUCAUCCCCUUGCUCAAUUUCAAAUCGACGUUGACACUGCCCGGGCGUGCGUCUGAGGACAGGUGGAUUCCCUACAGAUCCUUUUUUGACUGGUAUCCGGCGAAGGUCAAGGGCUGGCCCGUCUGGCCCGUCUCUCUCGAUGCCCUCGAGGACGAGGCGUGCGCACCCUUGCCGGCCGAUACGCCAGACCUGUCCGAGGUCGUUGUGCUUGUCCGGCGCGGCACCUGCACUUUUGUGGAAAAGCAGGCAUUCUUGAAGGAGCGCAACGCGACACACAUAAUUACAUCUCAGCACCAGGAGGCGACAUUCUGUCGACAUAUCUCGGCGACGAGCUAUGCCAUCUUGAGCGGCACGUCCAUGGCAACGCCGUACAUUGCCGGCGUGGCGGCUCUGUACGUCGGCCAGUUUGGCGGUCGCGCCAAUCGCGACAAGAGCUGGGCUAAGAAGCUCGCCAUGCGCAUCAUUUCCUCGGGCGAGCCCAUCGCUUGGGACGACCCUUACACGACCGGCGCCGUCUUAGACGCCCUCGCCCCCGUUGCGCAGGUGGGCACCGGUCUCGUCAACGCCUCGAAGGUGCUGGGCCAGGACACGAGCCUGUCGUUCACCAGGUUUGCCCUGAACGACACACGACACUUCAGCCGCUACCAAAAGGUGGACAUCACCAACACCGGGACAAGGCCCGUCACGUACACGUUCUCACAACAGGACUACGGCGGUCUAGCCGCCGUCGACACAGCGUCGCCGGCGCGCAUAGCCGACGCCAGCGAGCUACUCGCAAACCCGCUCAAGCUGAGCCCGCGGGUCACAUUCCCCGGGGCCGGUUUCACCGUCAAUCCCGGACAGACGCGCACGGCGCAGUUCAACUUCUCGCCGCUGGCUGAGGGCGCCGCGGCCGCGCCCGAGGCGCUCCCCGUGUACAGCGGCCGGAUCGUCAUCAAAGGCAGCAACGGCGACGAGCUGUGCGUGCCGUACCUCGGCCUCGCAGCGGACCUCAAGCGCGACGUGGGCGUCAUGUUCGAGCGCAUGGCCGGCGUGCCGCUCAUCGUCUCGGGCGCCGCCAACGUCAGCAUCGAGACCAAGGCCAACUUUACCUUCAGCCAGGACGCCGCGCGCCCGGAUUUCCCGCGCCUUUCGAUGCGGAGCUUCUUCGGCACGCGCGAGCUGCGCUGGGACGUCUUCGAGGCGUCGUGGCGCGAGCGGCAGUGGGCAUACCCGCCGCGUGAGGGCCAGGCAGGCUUCGUCGGGUCCGUGGCGGCGUGGUCGUUUGUCGGCGAUGAUUUCAUGUUUGAGCCAGAUUUCGACGACAUAUGGGAGAUUUUCAGAUUUCCCCUGGUCAAUGCGCCGCGGACCAUGUCGAACAUACUGCCGUCCGAAUUUUCGUGGUUCGGCGAGCUGGGCAACGGGACGCAGAUCGCGCCGGGGCGGUAUCGCAUGCGGGUGGCCUCGUUGCGGCCGUUUGGCAACCGCGCGGCGGCGGACAAUUGGGAUGUGUUUGAGACGCCGGAGAUUGAAGUGCUGCCGCUGAGCAAAUGA